UUUUAUAUCUGCGCUUUACAGUAACCUUCACACGUCGCAAAUUUCUGCAGGAAUAAAUAAAAUGAAACGAAAUAAAAGCUGUGAAUCUACACCCGUAGCCGUAAUAUUAUGCGGAUGUGGUCGACUUGAUGGCACUGAAAUUUCGGAAGCAAUUUCAACAGCCAUACAUUUACGGCAUAAAAAUUUGAAGCCGCUAUUUUAUGCUCCAGACAUCGAGAUUUCCGGCGUAGUCAAUCAUCUUACCAGAAAGAUAGAUACUACAUGUCGUAGAAAUGCUCUCGUUGAAGGUGCCAGAUUAGCAAGAGCAUGCAUAAAACCUCUAACUGAAUGCGAAGUUUGUACACAUGGCGCCCUUAUCAUACCUGGAGGAUUUGGUGCUGCACGCACUUUGAGUAACUUUGCCGAAAAAGGUACUGAUUGCACCGUUCUACCCGACUUAGAGAAACUCAUCGUAGACUUUUACUGUGAGAAAAAACCGAUCGGUACUAUGUGCAUAGCUAGUGCGCUUGUUGCUAAAGUAUUGAAGGGUGUGACAGUUACUCUUGGCAAGGAAUCACCUAAAGAAGACUGGCCAUACGCUGACGCUAUCAAGAAGGUCAAGGCUAUGGGUGCUAAGAUAGAAAUGAAAGAUGUUAAAGGAGUAACGUUAGAUAAGAAUUAUGGCGUUCUUAGUACGCCAGCCUGGUUGUACGAACCAGCUACUUAUUCAGAAGUUUACGACGGUAUUGGUAAACUUGUCGCAAUGUUAAAAAAAUGCAUUAAUAAGUUAUAA